CACAAACGAAGUGUUUGCUAAAACAAGUCCCACUAAAAGUAGUUGGAUUUUCAUUUAUUUUCAUAUUCAACAAUGGCAGAAAACCCCAGAUUCCCGAGUCGUGGUGUAGGCGCCCCAGAUGAAGAUCCAUUUGACUCUAUAGUUAUGGCGGAAGAAAGAUUUAAUGAGAUGGGAUUUGAAGAGGGAUUCCAAGCCGGUAAAGUCACUGGAAAACAAGAUGGAUUCAAGCUAGGUCAAGACAAAGGACGACAGAUUGGAUCAGAGUAUGGAUUCUAUCUCGGCUUUAUAUCAACAUGGCGGCAGCUUCUCCAGAAAGACCCUGAGCUAGCCAAACCCAAAGCAGUGAAAGCGCUGGGCGUUCUGCAUACGUUGCUGGUAUCCUUUCGCUUGGAGGAUGUCACUCAGGAAAACUACUGGGAAGAAUUUAAAAAGAUCAGAGACAAAUUCAAACAGGUCGCGUCACUUCUGAAUGUGUCACUAGAUUUCAGUGACAAGGACACCCAGAAGCCACCACUAUCAUUCUGAGGUCAGUGACUUCUGCUGCUGAAUGAGAGAGACACCCGAGUACGGCCAGAAUUCCCCGAUGAUUCAAAGACAGAAAAGGUACUGAGGUUUCUCUCUGUGACGGGACUUCAUUUCAAGAGGACCAUGUUGGAACCCAUGCAAGAAGUAGUCUGGCUCCUGUGAUGUUGUGAUUGGCAGGGUAUUCUACCCUUAUUUUUAGGGCACCAGGCCAAAGCAGUGUGGAUAUUAUAGACUUAACGCAUAGGCAUUAUCCUGUCGAAGCAGUAAACAGUGAUGAAAAAUGGAAAUGCAAAGCUCAGUACCACAUCGCACAGGAUGGACCAAUGAGCAACUUUCGUUUGACCUCUACAUGAGGGCGCCCUACUGCAGUGAUCUCAUGUGCUUAGGGUCACUACCAUCAGAGAACAGAGACAUACCACACAGCUAUUCUUGUUUGAAACUGCUUAAAGGCAGUGGACACUAUUGGUAAUUACUCAAAAUAAUUAUUAGCAUAAAACCUUACUUGGUAACA